GUAUUGAUAUCUUCACCAUUUUUAAUUUAAUAGAUGUGACUAAUAAUUAAUAAUAUUUAAGAUAACAUAGAAAAACAUUUUACAUAUAUAUUGCUGAUAUUUACGCAAUUAUAAAAUUCAAGUUAAUCACAGUUCGAAACGAAGACCAGCCAAUUUGAUUAACCCGAAAACCCUUGUUUACGAAACGAAAUUAGAUUAUAGGCCAACUGAUAAGAUUGAUAGCUAACCGGUUGAUAUCAUACGGCUGGCGAUAUUGGGAUUUCAGUCUCUAGAAAAAUGUAUGUACAAAUCUGUGAGAUGAGUAACGUGGAAAAAAAGAAGGAAGUAGGAGUGCCGAAAAAAUAUUCAUCACGUCGAAGGCCGCCCGCCGUAGUAUAUAAGCACGGACGAUCGACACUUACUGUCAGUCCAACUCGAGUUGCCCAAAACGCAAGUUGUGUCGCAAGUUAAUACAUUAUCUACUGAAAAAUACAAGCAUGUCUCGCGCAGUGGCUCUUCUCUUCCUCAUCGUAGCAGUUGUCACCAUCAGUGCCCAUCCCCAAGGAUUGAAAAGAGAUUGCGGCGAAAAUGAAGUAUUCACUAAUUGUGGUACGUCGUGUCCGCCCACUUGCCAAAAUCCACAACCUUACGCUUGUACACUGGUAAGUAAUGUAUUCACUAACGACGAGGCCAUAUUUAGGAAUAGUUAUAACAAUUUCGUCAAAUAUCUUAACGAAUUUUUUUAUAUAUGUACCAUCGUAAAUAUAAAUUUACUUUGAGUAUGUUACUUUUAUGUUAUCCAUUAGUUUGCAAGCCAAAUUUAUGUUCGUGUAUUUAUUAAUAAGCGCAACUUGCAAAUAUACUUGAAUGGAAAAUAUGAAAUUCUCCAUAAUAAUUUUAUCUAAAUGGAAUUUGCAAUAUAUUAAGUAGUUCGUUUUUUAUUUUGCAGGCUUGUGUGAUAGGCUGCGAGUGUGCCCAGGGAUAUGUUAGAAAUGCUCAAAACAGAUGCGUGCUUACACAUAAUUGCUAGUAGAUUAAUAUUUGAGCAUUAUAAACAUGAUGCCAAAAAUGAGUCAAUUGCGUCAUCGAAAAAAUGAUAAACGCGUAGUUACAGCUUUUUCGACUCUGCUGAUUAAUAUGUUUGUUGUGCAGAUUUUUUAACGACGCCUAUCGGACGAAACAUUAUAUUGAGAUUAUUAUAUAAUUAGUUCUUUUACAUUUGUUAAGACAAUAUUGACUUUUAUGUUUUUAAUAAAAGAAAACUUUGGAAAAGAUCAAAAUGUUAUUGUGUUAAAAUUUGAUAUAAUUCCCUUAUUUUCCUUACGAAUUAUUGAUAUCUUCAACUAUUUUUUUUAUUAAUUAUUAUGGGUUUAUCAUACCAAAUAAUGUUUAUAUUUAUAAAAAUAUUGGA